AUGACGGAUGUGAGAAAGUGGGGUCUACUGGUGUGGGGCGUACCGGUGUGGGGCGUACCGGUGUGGGGGCGUACCGGUGUGGGGCGUACCGGUGUGGGGGCGUACCGGUGUGGGGCCUACCGGUGUGGGGCCUACCGGUGUGAUGCCUACCGCUGUGGGGCCUACCGGUGUGAUGCCUACCGGUGUGGGGCCUACCGGUGUGGGGUCUACCGGUGUGGGGCCUACCGGUGUGGGGCCUACCGGUGUGGGGCCUACCGGUGUGGGGUCUACCGGUGUGGGGUCUACCGGUGUGGGGCCUACCGGUGUGGGGCCUACCGGUGUGGGGCCUACCGGUGUGGGGUCUACCGGUGUGGGGCCUACCGGUGUGGGGCCUACCGGUGUGGGGUCUACCGGUGUGGGGCCUACCGGUGUGGGGUCUACCGGUGUGGGGCCUACCGGUGUGGGGUCUACCGGUGUGGGGUCUACCGGUGUGGGGCCUACCGGUGUGGGGCCUACCGGUGUGGGGCCUACCGAUGUGGGGGCCUACCGGUGUGGGGCCUACCGGUGUGGGGCCUACUGGUGUGGGGCCUACUGGUGUGGGGCCUACUGGUGUGGAGUCUACCGGUGUGGGGCGUGCCAGCUUCUCUCUCCCUCUCUCCCUCCCUCCGUGUAGGAGAGCGUCUGUUCCCCCCUCCGUCUGGUCUAAGCUACUCUACGUGGUUCUGUGUGGAGAGGUUCAGCUCUGCCCCCCACACCCACCCUGUCCGUCUGCUGACGGUGGUCCGACGGGCCACAUCCUCAGAACAACACUAUAUCUGUCUGGCCGUGGUUCUGUCUGCUAAGGACCGGUCCCUGACGGUGUCCACCAAGGAGGAGCUGCUGCAGAGCUACGUGGAUGAUUUCAGCGAGGAGUCUUCGUUCUUCGAGGUUCUGCCGUGCUGCGCCAGGUUCCGCUGCGGAGAGCUGAUCGGAGAGGGUCAGUGGCACCACCUGCUGUUAGUCAUGAGUAAAGGCAUGUUGAAAAACAGCAUGGCCACGCUGUACAUCGACGGACAACUGUUCCAAACCACCAAGCUCCACUACAUCCACAGUUCUCCUGGUGGUUCUGGGAGCACCAACCCUCCUGUGGUCAGCACCGUGUACAGCUACAUAGGCACGCCCCCUGCCCAGAGACAGCUGUCCAAUCUGGUGUGGCGCCUGGGGCCCACACACUUCCUGGAGGAGGGGCUUCCUGCUGCCAGCGUCGCGGCGGUGUACGAGCUCGGACCCAACUACACAGGCAGCUUUCAGGCCGUCUACCUGCUCUGUAAAGACUCUAAGACUGGAGAGCCUUCAUGUCCAGUCGCCCUGGUCCCAGAGGAGAAGGUAUCCUUCAGCCUGUACGCCCUCUCUGUCUCUGCCCUCACCGUGGCCAAGAUACGCAAGGUCUACAACAAGCUGGACAGCAAGGCCAUCGCUAAACAGUUGGCUGUGUCGUCUCAUGAGAAUGCCACUCCGGUCAAGCUGAUCCACAACGCGGCCGGUCACCUCAACGGUCCAGCACGCACCAUAGGAGCAGCUGUCAUUGGAUACCUGGGUGUGCGUGCGUUCGUCCCCAAGCCUGUGGCGACCAACCUGCAGUACGUGGGCGGGGCGGCGGCCAUUUUGGGCCUGGUUGCCAUGGCGCAGGACGUUGAGGGUCUCUACGCGGCCGUCAAGGCGAUGGUGUGCGUCGUCAAGAGCAACCCGCUGGCCAGCAAGGAGAUGGAGCGCAUCAAAGGCUACCAGCUGCUGGCCAUGUUGUUGAAGAAAAAGCGUCACCUGCUGAACAGCCACAUCCUGCACCUGACCUUUUCCCUGGUGGGAACAGUAGACAGCGGCCACGAGACCUCCAUCAUACCCAACACCACCGCCUUCCAGGACCUGCUCUGUGACUUCGAGGUGUGGCUCCAUGCACCCUACGAACUGCACCUGUCCCUGUUCGAACACUUUAUAGAGCUCCUCACUGAGUCCAGUGAGGCAGCGAAGAACGCUAAGUUGUUACGAGAGUUCCAGCUGAUUCCCAAGCUGCUGUUAACCCUGAGAGACACGUCUCUGUCUCAGCCCACCAUCUCUGCUAUCAGCAACGUUUUGAGUCUGCUACUGCAAGGGUUCCCCAACCCAUAUGACCUGCUACGGUUUGGCCAGUUCAUCUCAUCCACCCUGCCAACCUUUGCUGUGUGUGAGAAGUUUGUAGUGAUGGAGGUCAACAACGAGGAGAAGAUAGAUGGAGGUAAUGAUGAAGACCUUGGGGGUCUUCUGUCGGCCAACCUGAUCCUGUUGAGGAACAGACUGCUAGACAUCCUUCUCAAACUGCUCUUCACCACCAAGGAGAAAUGCGCCGUCAACGCACAGGCAUGUGAGGAGUUGGUGCGUACCCUGGGCUUCGACUGGUUGUUGAUGUUCACGGAGGAGCACCUCCACUCCAGCAGUGUAACAGCAGCUCUGUGGAUCCUGGUGGUUCUCCUCAGUAACCAGCCCAUACUGACCAGGUUCAAAGAGGGACUGACCGGAGGCGAAUGGCUGGACCACACUGACUCUGUCCUCACCAACAAGAUUGGCACCGUGAUGGGCUUCAACGUGGGCCGCAGCGCCGGCGGUCGCUCCACGCUACGGGAGAUCAACCGAGACGCCUGCCAUUUCCCAGGGUUUCCUGUUCUGCAGACGCUGCUGCCGAAACACACCAACGUCCCCGAGCUCUACUUCCUGCUGAUGGCCCUGUUCCUGCAACAACCCGUCACAGAGCUGCCGGACAGCCUCCAGGUACAUUUUGACCUGGACUCUAUCUGGACCUUUAUCUUUGGGGUCCCUGCUUCCAGCGCCACCAUAGUGGGAUCCAUCCACAGUGUCUGCACCGAGGCUGGCUUCCUGUUACUGGGGAUGCUGAGGAGCAUGCUCAACCUGCCGUGGCAGUCUGAGGAAGAGGGUUCGUGGCUGAGGGAGUACCCGGUGACUCUGAUGCAGUUCUUCAGGUACCUGUAUCACAACGUCCCAGACCUGGCCCCAAUGUGGCACAGCCCAGAGUUCCUGUGUGUCCUGGCUGCCUCAGUCUUCCCCUUCAACAUCAGGCCCUACUCUGAGAUGGUGAGUGACCUGGAUGACGAAGCAGGGUCACCAACGGAAGAAUUCAAGGCCUUCACCGCCGACACGGGCAUGAACCGUAGCCAAUCGGAAUACUGCAACGUGGGUUCGAAGACCUACCUGACCAAUCAUCCGGCCAAGAAGUAUGUGUUUGACUUCAUGAAGGUGCUGAUCAUGGACAACCUGUGUCUGACUCCGGCCAACAAGCAGACGUCCACCAUAGACCUACUGUUAGAGGCGUCCCCAGAGCGCUCCACCAGGACUCAGCAGAAAGAGUUCCAGUCCCACAUCCUGGACUCUGUCAUGGAACACCUGCUGGCUGCUGAUGUCCUCCUAGGUGAGGAUGCAUCCUUGCCCAUCACCAUUGGAGGGAGCUACCAGGUGCUGGUGAACAACGUGCUCUACUUCACACAGCGCGUGGUGGACAAGCUGUGGCAGGGCAUGUUCAACAAGGAGUCCAAGAUGGUGGUGGAGUUUAUAGUGCAGCUUAUAGGACAGUCCAAGAGGAGGUCGCAGAGUCUGUCUCUGGACUCUCUCUACCACUGUCUGAACCGUACGGUCCUGUACCAGCUGUCUCGACCUCACAAGACCGUACCUCAGCAGGUAGCUCUGCUGGACUCUCUACGGGUGUUGACUGUCAACCGUAACCUGGUACUGGGACCGGGCAACCACGACCAGGAGUUUGUAGCCUGUCUGGCUCACUGCUUCAUCAACCUGCACGUUGGGAGUAGUGUGGAGGGUUUUGGUUUGGAGGCAGAGGCUCGUAUGACCACCUGGCACGUCAUGAUGCCCGCUGAGAAUGGACCUGAUAACAGACACAGCCAGGAAGUUAGCGAAGGUCGCCAGCUGCUGCUGAAGGCAGUAAACCGUGUGUGGACAGAGCUGAUGCACAGCAAAAGACCCAUGUUGGAGGACAUCUUUAAGGUGUCCCUCCCCACCAACGACAGAGGACAUGUAGAUAUCAGCACCGCUCGGCCUGCCCUGGAGGAACCUGCCCUGAAGAGCUGGCAGAACCACCUGGUCCAUGAGAAGAAGUGUAUUAGCAGAGGGGAGUCGGUGGCUCCGGCCAGCCAGUCCAAGCUGUCUCGGGUCAGUAGUGGUUUUGGUCUGUCCAAGUUGACCGGCGCUCGACGCAACAAGAAGGAAAACUCCCUGAACAAGAACAACCUUUCUGCACAGGAGACGUUCCAGUGGAUGUUCACCCACAUAGCGGUGGUCAGGGACCUGGUGGCCAUGCAGUAUAAAGAGUACCAGGAGAGGCAGCAGAAUGUCCUAAAAUACGUGACAGAGGAGUGGUCGUCUAUAGAGUAUGAGCUGCUGAGAGAGCGGGGCCUCUGGGGGCCCCCCAUCGGAUCCCACCUGGACAAGUUCCUACUCGAGAUGACCGAGGGGCCCUGUCGCAUGAGGAAGAAGAUGGUCCGCAAUGAUAUGUUCUACAUACAUUACCCAUACGUCCCCGAGCCUGAACCCAGCACUAAUGGCCAAGUACAGAAGCCGGUGCGUUACCGCCGAGCGAUAAGCUACGACAGUAAGGAGUACUACAUGAGACUGCUGUCAGGGAACCCUGGGAUGUAUCAGCACUCUAUAGAGCAGGACACUGAGGGAGAGACCACUCAGCAUGAACCUGGAGAGGUGCACGGAGAGGACACCAUCGCCAGAGUCAAAGGUCUGGUGAAGGCCCCUCUGAAGAGGUCACGCUCCACCACGGACAGAGCCGAUGAGGAACAAGACCUGCUCCAGGAACAGAUCUUAGAGUCAGGAGGUCUGGACGAGGAACAGAGGACAGACAACACAUCACUGCUACGACUACUGGAGGAGGGAGAGAAGAUCCAACACAUGUACCGGUGUGCGCGGGUGCAGGGUCUGGACACUAGCGAGGGGCUGCUCCUGUUCGGGAAGGAGCACUUCUAUGUCAUCGACGGUUUCACCAUGACCGUCAGCAGAGAGAUCAGAGACAUCGAGACGCUGCCCGCCAAUCUUCAUGAGACCAUCAUCCCCAGAGGUGCGAGGCAGGGUCAGAGCCAGCUGAAGAGGACCUGUAGCAUCUUCGCUUACGAGGACAUUAAGGAGGUCCACAAGAGACGAUACCUGCUGCAGCCCAUGGCUGUGGAGGUGUUCUCAGGAGAUGGGAGGAACUAUCUGCUGGCCUUCCAGAAAGGAGUCCGUAACAAGGUGUACCAGAGGUUCCUCGCUGUGGUUCCCUCUCUGGCUGACAGCUCAGAGUCCGUCUCAGGACAAAGGCCCAAUACCAGCGUAGAGCAGGGGUCUGGGCUACUCAGCACUCUGGUAGGAGAGAAAUCUGUCACCCAAAGAUGGGAGCGUGGGGAGAUCAGUAACUUCCAGUAUCUGAUGCAUCUCAACACCCUGGCUGGUCGCUCCUACAACGACCUGAUGCAGUACCCUGUCUUCCCCUGGAUCCUGGCUGACUACGACUCUGAGGAGUUGGACCUAAACAACCCACGGACGUUCCGUAACCUGGCUAAACCAAUGGGAGCCCAGACAGACGACAGGCUGACCCAGUACAAGAAGAGGUUCAAGGACUGGGAGGACCCUACCAGUGAGACCCCAGCGUAUCACUACGGUACACACUACUCCUCAGCCAUGAUCGUGGCGUCCUACCUGAUCCGCAUGGAACCUUUCACUCAGAUCUUUCUCAGGCUUCAGGGAGGUCACUUUGACCUGGCUGACAGGAUGUUCCACAGCGUGCGUGAGGCCUGGCUCUCUGCCUCCAAACACAACAUGGCUGACGUCAAGGAGCUCAUCCCGGAGUUCUUCUACCUGCCAGAGUUCAUGCUCAACUCUAACAACUUUGACCUGGGUGCCAAACAGAAUGGGAUUCGACUAGGAGACGUCCUUCUGCCUCCAUGGGCCAAGGGAGACCCCCGAGAGUUCAUCAGAGUCCAUCGACAGGCUCUGGAGUGUGACUACGUAUCGUCCCACCUCCAUGAGUGGAUCGACCUGAUCUUUGGCUUCAAGCAGCAGGGUCCUCCUGCGGUGGAGGCAGUCAAUGUGUUCCACCACCUGUUCUACGAGGGCCAGGUGGACAUCUACAACAUCAACGACCCCCUCAAGGAGACCGCCACCAUCGGGUUCAUCAACAACUUCGGACAAAUCCCCAAGCAGUUGUUUAAGAAGCCCCACCCUCCGAAGCGUGUACGUAGUAAGUCUAACGGGGAGAUGGCAGGGGGCGUGCCUGUCUCUCUCUCCUCAACCACUGACAAGAUCUUCUUCCAUCAUCUGGACAACCUCAGACCCUCGCUAGCCCCCGUCAAAGAAAGGAGAGAGCCAGUGGGCCAGAUCGUGUGUACUGAGAAGGGCAUUCUGGCUGUGGAGCAGAAUAAAGUCCUCCAACCUCCUGUCUGGAACAAGACCUUUGCCUGGGGUUACGCUGAUCUCUCCUGCAGACUGGCCAACUAUGAGUCCGACAAGGCGGUGGUGGUGUAUGAGUGUCUGUCAGAGUGGGGUCAGAUCCUGUGUGCCAUCUGCCCCAACCCCAAGCUGGUCAUCACCGGGGGAACCAGCACUGCCAUCUGUGUCUGGGAGACGGGCACAUCCAAGGAGAGGGCCAAGACCCUCACACUCAAACAGGCGUUGCUGGGCCAUACAGACACAGUAACCUGUCUGACAGCCUCGUCAGCGUAUCACAUCCUGGUGUCUGGUUCUAGAGACAGGACCUGCAUCAUCUGGGACCUCAACAAACUCUCCUUCGUCACACAGCUCAGAGGACACAGGGCCCCCGUCUCCGCCCUUUGCAUCAACGAACUCACGGGAGACAUAGUGUCUUCAGCGGGCACCUACAUCCAUGUGUGGAGCAUCAACGGCAGUCCCAUAGCCAGCGCCAACACCUUCACAGGCCGCUCACAGCAGAUCCUCUGUUGCUGCGUGUCAGAGAUGAACGAAUGGGACACGCAGAACGUCAUCGUCACCGGACACUCCGACGGCGUCGUCAGGUUCUGGAGGAUGGAGUUCCUACAAGUCCCAGAAACCCCUGCUCCAGAGCCCAUCGAGCCCCCUGAUGUAACUGACUGCUGUACAGAGGACAAGCUGGCAGAGGGACCCGAGAGCCAGAACGCUGACGACGACAGCAGCGAAUCAGACGGAGACGAGCCCUGCCUCAGCACAGAGUCCAAACCCUCCCCUCUGCCCAACGCUGCAGCUGGGGGAGGAGCUGGAUCGGUUGGGGGAGGAUCAGGCAGCCAACCAGGCAGCACCGUCCACAGACCCAAAGUUCCUAGGGGUCCCGGUGCCCCCGGGGGUCGGCCAGGGGCCUCCUGGUCAGUGGACAGCGGGUCAGAUGACUCCCGACGUUGGUCAGACACCCUCAGCCUGGACGAGAAGGACGGCUUUGUGUUCGUCAACUACUCCGAGGGACAGACGGGACAGACACCCCUCAAACCAGGGGUCCACCCUCACCCCCAGCUUCACCCUCCGCACCCCAUAGCUGGCCAUGGGGGGGUCCCCCAGCCCGUACACCCCACCACCAUGGAGGCACGGCCCUAUAACCAGCUCAGAGCAGGCUACAGAUGGGAGCGACAGCUGGUGUUCCGUAGUAAACUGACCAUGCACACUGCAUUCAACCGGAAGGACAACGCUCACCCAGCCGAGAUCACAUCCCUCGCCAUCUCCAAGGACCACAGUAAGAUCCUGGUGGGUGAUGGUCGUGGCAGAGUGUUCAGCUGGUCGGUGAGUGACCAGCCUGGUCGUUCUGCUGCAGACCACUGGGUGAAGGACGAGGUUGUGGACAGCUGUUCUGGCUGUACCGUACGUUUCUCCCUCACAGAGAGACGUCACCACUGCAGGAACUGUGGACAGCUCUUCUGUCAGAAGUGUAGUCGUUUCCAGUCUGAGAUCAAGCGUCUGAAGAUCUCAUCCCCGGUGAGGGUCUGUCAGAACUGUUACUAUAACCUGCAGCACGAGCGCAGCGCUGAGGACGGAUGCAGAAACUAACCAAGGUCCUCGGUCCCACACCACUACAGCGGAAAGCCUAUGUUGUGCCCGUUCUCUCUCUCGCACACACACACACCCCCACCCCCACACAAAUACCCCCAAAAAUACCCCACCUGUGCACCCCUCUACACACACCUGUCCAGUAACCACAUGUAACGCACUGAAUGACAUAGAC